GGGGGGUUGCUGGCCGGGCAGACGGCUCUGUGCUUUAAACGCCUUUUCUUAGGUCCCACAAUAUGGUGUGUGCCACUAAACUCUCCUGACGGAAUUGAAUGUAAUUAUCGGAUUACGGCGCUGCGGCUCUGAAGCUGGAAAUAUUUACUACCAUCCCGACGACGGAGGUGUUUUCCUGCUCUCUGCUCUCAUAUACCGGCAAGUCUUGUCGUAGUUUUCUGUGUUUUUUCCCCUCUAAACUCUCCGUUUGUGGUUCAUCCGUUAAUUACCGGCCAAAGAGAUUUUUGUGCGUCGUGGAUUGGAGCGUUUUUACGCACGAGUGGAGAUGUAAAGUGGAGGUGGAUACGGUGCUAUUUCUGCAUGAACUGGACUUCUGACGAUUCCCAGAGGCUCUGAAGAGGAACCAUUUUGUCCAAAGACGUGCCCCUCUUCUGUUAUGUCUGUCUCCUCUCUGCCAGAAUGGAAGCAACUCCUUCUGGAGAAGAAGAGGAGAGAGGAGGAGGAGCGAGAGAGGAGGGAAAAAGAAGAGGAGGAGAAGUUCGCCAGCAUGCCGGCCUGGAAGCGAGGGAUCAUCCAGCGCAGGAAGAUGAAGCAGGAGAGUUUGGGCGACAGGGAGAAGGAGAGUAAUACCUGUCUGCUGCAGGUGGACGUCAGAUCUCCUUCCGACGGUCUGAGCGACACUGACAGCUCGGUAACAGUUAAUCUGGGAAGCGAACCGUCGCUCAGUCCCGACCCGGCGCUGUGGCUGGAUGCAGAGCCCAAACCGGCCAGUCAGGUGUCUGUGGAAACCAUCGUUCCAGUCCAUGAAAAUCCAUUCAUCCGCACACAGAGCGCAUGGAGGAAGGGCAGGGAUGUCGAAGUAGGGAACGAGCCAGAAGUUAAGGAGAGGGAGAAGGAUAAAAUGAGCCCUAAAGGUCAAGAUGGAGAGUCGGGGAGAGGACGAGAUAUAGAGCUGAAAAUAGAGAGGUUCAGGGAUCUGAGUGAACCACGGGAAAAAGAGAGGAACAUCGACAGAAGUCAAGGGAGAGAGAACAACAGGGAGGGAGGCGAGAAGGACAAAAUCCAAUGGAAGGAGUCAGCUAAGGAGCAGGAAUUCCUCAAAGUAAAAUUAGACACCGAGGACAAAGAUGAUCAUCCAGCAUCUGGUUCAUUUCCUCCCUGUCUGCGGACUAUCCGAGCCGACAACAUCAUCAUCAUCGAGCAGGACAGGAAAGGCAGCGAUGAGAGGAGGGGGAGAUGGAGGGAGGUGGACAGGGAGAGGCCUGAGGAGGAGAACCAGGGGAAGAGAGGGAUGAAGAUGGACCUGAGGGAGAUCCUGGCCGGGGGAGGCAGCGUCACUGAGAUCAGAGCCUCUGAGGUGCUGAUCAUAAAGCCGUCGGCGAGCCCUGAAGAGAAGAGUACAGGAGGGAAGGUGAGAGAGGAUGGAGAGGUGAAGGGAAACAUGGAUGUAAGGAGGGACAGUGUUGGCAGAGAGCUGAGGACAGACAUGUCCUGGCUGAGGGAGAAAGAGACCGUUAAGGAGAAGGAGAAACCGUGGGGUCAGGCGACAGUUAUCAAUAAAGACGACAGGAAGGACAGCUUGGAUGAUAAUGUGUUUAUGGAGAGAGGAGGGAGGGUCAGCCAGCUGCUCAGCAAAUUCGGAGAGCACCCCAAGCCUCCGUCUCGAUCCAAAAGCUCUGAUAAUUUCCUGCAACCGGGGAGGAGGAAAUACUCAGAAGAUCAGGAUGACCAACAAUCAGAAGAGAGGAAGGCGGACGUGAAGGAUUUGCUGUUGAAAGGCGUCCCGAAACGCUCGUUCAGCUUCUCCGAUCGAGUCAUCUGCGCCAAGGAGAAUGGGUUAGAAGACGAAGGAUAUUAUGAGAGGAAAAUGCGUGAGAGGAUUCAUUCAGACAGGAGUGUGGCACCAUGGGGAGACGUGGCAGGUUUAGGGAAGGAAAACAAGAUCAAAAUGGGGUGUGCACGACUUUUAGAUAAAGAUCGUUUUGGAAAGUACAGAGACAGACGUGUUAAAACUGAGAGUGAAGUUAGGGAAGUCGAACCCAUUGAUAAGAGGGCUGCGGAGAAGGUAGUCGAUGCAGACGGAGACAAGGGUUUCACAGUGGCAUCGGUUAAAAACACAGAGGGAAUAUCGUUCGCCAGAAGAGUCCUGAUCAGACAGGAUGGAAAAGCAAGAGCUGAAAGAGACAUGAAGCGACUGAUAGGUGAGAAAAGUUUGGAAAAGGAGGCAAACGUUGAUAAAGAAUCAGAGGCUGGAGGCCUGAUGGAGGCACAAGGUUGCAACAAAACCGAUUUACCAAGAGAGGACGGAUUCGAAAUCCCUCCAGAAUCUAGUCACGACGUCACUGCAUCUGAAGACCCGCUCAGUCCGAGUCACCACAGACAUGAUUCAGCUUUCACAGAGUGUAGUCAGAGUCUACACAAAGAGUGGAGCGGUACCGGACCACGAGGACCUUACCUGACACACUCUGUUCUGUCCCAACAUACAGAGGAGCUUAUUAGUAAAAUAGAAAAAAUAGGAGACACGACUGUUUACAGCAACGAGAGAGGAGAAAGGGCUUAUAAGACUGCUCAGGAAGUGACUAAAGAGACCACACAGGAGGUACAAACAAGAGCUGAUGCUGGAUCAGAGAGCCUCGGUCAUGCUAUUACCCCCAGAUCCCCAAAAAGGAUCGCACCCAUGGGGAUGUCUACGGGCCCUCUUGAGAUUCAGAUCCCCAGGACUGUGUUUUAUGUUGCAGAAGAAAUGAUGGACAGAAAAAAAGGUCAAAGCGGUGAGGGGCCAGACUGGGAAGAAGGCCGAGGGGUUGAGAGGAGGGACAGCUGGAGGAUCGGGAAGCCGUUGAGUCGCAUCGAGUCGCUGCGAGAGAAGAUCCGGCAGAGAGAGCUGGAGAGGAAGCGGCAGAGAGAAGCUCAGGACGGAGGUGAAGCCACGGAGAUAAAUGACGCUCAGGCGGCCGAGGACAGGUAUGAAGAGAGGGGAAGCGAAACAGAGAAAGAGUGGGAAGCUGCAGCUCAUGUGCAGAGGAGGCAGGUCGAAGCAGAGAGAGGGCAGGAAGACGCAGCAGAGCAGACAGUCGCGGCUGACGUCAAACGGGAAGUCAGCGUGUUGAAAACCUGCCCUCAACUUCCUGCUUCACAAGCUGUCGGGGCAGAGGAAGUGAACGCUGCCUCCGAAGCUACUGCUGAUAGCUUCCAGAUAUCCGACGAUGAAGACAACCCCCUGAAACAUGUAGAAGAGCAGCUGAGGCGCCACAGAGGCCGACACGAGAGCAGAGAAGAAGAAGAAGAGGAAGAAGAAGAGGAAGAGCUCUCUGAGGAAGAGGUUGAGGAGUUUACGUCACCUCUGGAUAAAUCUCUGUCCCCUUCACCGCCUCAUCCCAACUCCCUCGCAGCCAUGAGUCGGAUCUACAACCUGGAAAAGGUGGGUUCAAGGUCGGGUUUGUGUGUGAGAGAAAGGACGGUGGAAAUCGCAUCAUCAGUGCACCUUGUCAAAGUGAAGCCGCUCAUGUCAAACUCGCAGCAGGGGGACGGCAAAGGUGACGACAUUUGUGGGGUUCAGUCGAUACAGCGGCAGAUAGAACAGUUUCAGUUAAAGGAGCAGGAAGUGUUGAAGGCUUCACCCAACGCUCCCCUAAAGGACACGAAGGGGCAGCAAAGCCCCAAGAGAGCGUUCAAGCAGCAGGUAAAAGACGAUCUCAAAACCCAGGAGAAAGAUCAAGAAACACCAGGACUGAACCCCAAAGCGUCUCCGCAGCACGCUUCUUCUCCAUCGUCUCAGAAUAAGCAAACUAUCACCAUCAACCCGUCACUGCUCAGGAGCCAGUCCCCGGUUAAUACCCUGAAACCUGCAGAAUGUACACCAACCCCGGCCUCCUCUCCGAGUUCUCCAUCUCCUGUCCAAUCCCCCAGCAUCUCUCCAUCGCCCAGCCCAUCGCCAACGCUCUUCUCCAUCAGGAGCGCAUCUGGAGGCCAAGUGAAGAGAGGCGCCACCAUCACCAUCACCCCGAAGAAGCCUGUCGGAGGAGGAGGAGGAGUGACGGGGUCAGUGGUACAACCCACAGCGGCAGGAUCGACCUCCGUAAAGACCCCAGUGCACCAGACGACCACCGCUGUGGUCGAACCGGCGAAGAAGAAGUACCCGACGGUGGAGGAGAUUGAGGUGAUUGGUGGAUAUCAGAAUCUGGAGAAGUCCUGUCUGAUCAAGAACAGAGGGACUCCCAAAAGGGGGAAGGUGUGUUUCGACGAGGACCAGCUGGAGCAGGUGUGUGAGUAUCCGUCGGAGACCUUCAUGCUGACCUUCACCUCCUUCCCCCAUGAACUGGGCAGGAUGGAGAGGCUGCAGGGGGAGGAUGUGCAGGAGGAGGAAGGCGAGGUGGAGGCAGGACCGGUGGUGCUGAAGAGCACCAGGAGCACCGGGAUCACAACAGGGCCACGUCUAAGAGUGGGUCAGUGUCACCCCCUUCUCAAAAAGCAUAAAGUCUAGUGACAGCACUCUGUAUGUGAAGAUGAAUUUACAGGCCUGAACCUUCCUCAGGAUGAGGCUGGUGAUGUUCUGUAGUUUUCUUACAGUCAACAAAUCAUGCAGAAAGAGCAAAACCAUUAAUGAUCCCAACAAGAAGUAUGGAAGUAGUCAAGUCACUGUGCAUUAACCUUCAUCGCUGUACCAAAAACUGCACACUGCUGUGUUUAGUGACGUGUUUUUUCUUUAUAAAGAUUGUAGUUUUUCAUAGUCCAUCUCACAGACACCAUCCUGCUCUUUAAAUACUCAGCAGAGCGCUAAAUGUGUGCUAAUCCGCAGCUAAAAAUAGCUGCCAGCAAAUGCAUUUAUGCCUCCCUUACAAAACCAAGAUGUUAACAGUCAAGUAGCAGGGGAUUUGCAGCAAAGACUUUUGUUUUCCAUGAAAUUUUGUCACGUUUACAAUUCUUUUUUUUUUUUUUUGCAUGAGUGGCAAAUGUCCAGCAACAUUCUGGAAGUAAAGAGAAAUUUGCCACUUAACUAAUAAUGAGUUCAUCAUUGGCAAACAUGGCAUCUCUGGCAAUACUGGUUUCUGACCGACAGUUUGGCAAAUUUGCAGCCAUAUUUUCAUAUGAAAACUAGAUCUGUGGCAAACUAGAGGUGGACUUUUUUUUUUUUUUGUCCUACUCCCACAGUCCAUAGACAUGCAUGUUAGGUUAACCCUCGUGUCGUCCUGUGGGUCAAAAAUGAUCUGUUUUAAAGUUUGAAAAUGUGGAAUAAAAUAUAUUUUCACAGUGAAACUUCUGAUGUCCACAUUUUGAACAUUUUUGGAAAAUUUUUGAACAUUUUUUGAUGGAAAAAAGAAAUAUUAAAAAUGUGUCUUAAGAACAUUCACAAAAAAAUCUUGAUUUUUUUUGUGAAUGUUCUUAAAGAAAACAUUAAAAGUUUUACUGGUAUGUAUGUAAUCACUUAAGGUAUUUUUAGGAUUUUUUUGGAAGAUUUUUACUCAGUUUUUGAAAAUAUUUCCAAGAAUUUUCUUGACAAAUUUGGGGGAUUUUUUAAAAAUAAAACUUUUAAGGGAAACUUUUAAGGAAUUAUUGGAAUUUUCUUUUGCAAAUUUUCUGAAAUUUGGGGAAUUUUUUUGCUGAAUUUUUAGAUUUUUGUCAGACAAGGAAACAAUAUUUUUUGGUGCCUGUAAAUGAGGACAACAGGAGGGUUAAAUGGUGUAAACGUUAGCAUGAAUGGCUGUUGGCCAGUGUUAGCUGGGCUCCAUUAUGGAUUAGACUGUUGCCAAUGAUGUCCAGAAAGCUAGCCAGAAGUCCACUGCAAGUUUGCCACAAACCAUGAAAAUAUGGCCCUGCUGCUGAUUAGUGACAACAUUGUUGAAGGUUAACCGCAACUGUUUGCCAAAAAUCUGAUGCUUUCUGAAACGUUUGCUAAAAAAAAUUACAGUUCCGAGCUAUUUAGGAAAUUACUGAGCAUUUUAAAAAGGUAAAAAAGUCUUUGUGACCCAAUAAAUAUAUCUUCAGUAGAAAAAGAAUGGCUUUUGACUAAAUGCUAUGGAAAUUUAGAUAGUAUUAAGUGACAUGUAAAAGCACUAUUCAGUCACAAUACCUCACUUAACUCUUUUAAAUUUACACUUUAAUCACUUUUGGCAAUUAUUUGCCAGAAUUUUACACAAAUUGCUUCCAUAGGAGCAACUGAUGCAGUAAAAAUCUCUCAAAGUUAGCGACCUAGCAGUCGAUUAGCAUGUCUAUUAGCUUGAUUACUAAUGGUAGUAGGUUGAUUCAAAAGUUAAGGAGUAUUUGUAUCUGUCUCAUAGUUGUCUUUCCAUUAUUUCUUUAUUUUUUAAGGAAGUUUUUGCUCCAACAGAAGAAGUUAAAUGUGGGUUAAUUACGGAACACAGCUAACAUGCUAGCCUUCAGACUUUUAGCUAAUUAGCACAGAAAUGGCCACUCACUACGGCACAAAUUAGCAUGUCAGAACACAUCAAGUUAAACAAACUGCACCAUUUUUAAAGGUUUUGUCCUUUUAACGUGAUUUGUUGACUAUAAGAGAAAUAUGGAAUAACUCAACUCUUGUCCUUUAAAUCAAAAACUGACCGAUUUUCACAAAUACCAGCAGGUUUAGCAUUGUGGGCAAGCUCAGUAAAAUGAAUAAACGAGGACUAAAAAUCACCCAGAACUUGUGAAUAUUGUAAUUUAAUUAAAGGUGAUAAUUACAGGAGAGCAAAUGGAAAAGUUGUGGUUGCAUUUAUGGGCCUCGUGAAGCCAUAAAUGUCACUGAAUGGGAAGAUUCCAAACUGCUAAAUAAAAUCAGAUUUAAAAUUCACCCCUCCGUCUCUCUGUCUUCCAGAUGAGUCUUGCCCUCGGUAGAAGCCAGUCACCUUCACCAAAAUUGCCCGUGUGAUGAGGUCACCAACCGUUUUACUGAACAAUGUUGUGGUUUUUAUUGUGUUUUUGAUUCAUUUUGUGUUUGUUAAUCCUCGUGGUGUCUUGUUUUAUCUAGGAUGAAUGAGGUGUACAGUCCAGGUGUGGUUUAUGCUGUUCAUUAAAGGGAUGUGUGUUUACUGGGAGGAAAAUAUAUGGUUUAUUUUCAGGGAAUAUGAGGGACAACUGUGAAUGUAUAAGUCUGGUACGUGUGUUAAACGGCCCUCAGGUUUGCACUGCAGGGCGACGAAGGAUCACUUGUCUAUGCAAUAUAAAGAAACAGAUAAGAUUUUAUUUUUUAGUUAAUAUAUUUUAAGAUAGUUUCUUCCAUGUCAUCGUCUUUCUAAAUUUAAGUCAGCACUGCCUCGGCACAGAAAGAACACUCGGUGAUGUUUAUAUCGUCUGGUUUCAUGUGCCUGCUGGAUUUGCCCAUACGGAUGAUAUAAACAUCAGUUGAUGAUAUUUAGUCUGAAGCCUUUCAGCCUCUCAGCGAGCGUUGUGGUGCAUGAACGGGUUCUGGUGCAAUGUGUGAGGUGGUUUUCUCGUUGAAGCCUUACUGUUCACAAAAACAACUCCGGUAACAGUUCAGCUAACAGAUUUAAACAAAGGUUUCAUUUUGUUUGACUCAGCAGAAGAUUUUGUGACACAAACAGCUCAAUUAACACAUUAACUUCAUCGUAUUACAGCUGAUAUCAGACUUUUGGCUGUGCUACAUUUAUAAUGUUAUAUAUGCAGAUUUUCCUGUUUGUACCUGAAUAUUUUAAUUGGUGAAAGAAGAUGCAAAUUCUGUGCAAAUGAUUUUUCUAUGACAGUUGAAGAAGCUGGCUUCAAGAGAAAAAAAAUCUAAUAAAUAUUUCUGAAAGCA